GGACUGCAAAAUAAAAACAGUUUGACAGUUAUCCGAAGGAUAUAGAACCUGGAUAAUGUGGCAACAAUCUAACGAGCCCGAUCAUAUUUAUGAAGGUGAAGUUCAAUACCAAAACAACCAAGUCACCAUGAGAAAUGUGCCAAGACCGCCAGGCCCUUCACUACCAAAAAGUGAAAAAGAAGGCGAGCGGAGAAACAACGCAAAGCAUCAGAAUAAACCUGCGUCUUCGAAUCGAGAAGAACAACGUGAAACAAAACGUUCGAAGAUGAGCCUCAUUUCUGUCGUCUUAUCUGUCGUUAUCCUACUGUUGGUUGGGCUGUUCGUACAAAUUAGUCAACAUGACAUAAAGACUACAACAAACGGAGUAUUCGAUGGUUUCAACUCCUCUUCUUUGGAGGAAUGCGUGAAUCGACUUGUUGUUGACGGGAGAAGCGGUCCCGUGAAAUCUUGUCGCGAAUUGAAAAUGUUGGGUUUUAAAACUGACGGGGUUUAUUACAUACAAACUCAGACUGCUUAUCCUAAAAUUGAGGUUUACUGUGACAUGACUUCUGACGGCGGUGGGUGGACUUUAGUAGCAAGUGUGCAUGAAUCGAAUAUUUCAGUAAAAUGUGGAGUAGAUGAUAUGUGGUCCAAAUACGACCCGAUAAAUGAACUGUCAUAUCCAUACAAGACAAACUGGGAAGCUGAAAGCACCUUUGGAAAUAUUUUCAAAUGUACAUCAAAUGACUAUAAAAAUGAUGCUUAUCACUAUAUGCAGGCUGGAAAUAUCAUGAUUUGGCACGUUCCUUCUGAAACAUCGUUGAUUGCAAUGAAGCAAAAAUCCCACCUCCGUUACAGAACAACCAAUCAGUUUAUGAAAAAUUACGGUGGAAAUUUGAAGACACUGUUUGAACAGCAUUUCCCGUUGAAGUCUAAGAAAUUAGAAAGUCCAGCUGAAGAUAUUCUUAACGCUUUGGCGAAAAAUGCUGACAAUAUAAGAAGAAAAAUACCAGAUUGGUACGAUUACACGUAUGGGGACAAAUCUUAUCAAAUAAACGAUAAAGAAAUGUAUACGUCAUAUGGAAAUAAGGUAUACGCCACUGGCUGUGGAGAUAUUACUUACGGACAGAGCAAAAAAUACCAGGACUCUUUUUGCGACUCUAGAAUGAUAAAGCCUUUCAUGUUUGUAUAUGUUGUUUCAAACGAAAGGCGGAUACAAAGAAACAUUUACACCACGGUUACUUCUAAUCGUCCAAGCAGACACGAAAUAUUCAUUUCUCUCAGCAAUAACAUUACCAACGGGGAUUACAAACUUCAAUAUCAAUCUUUGCCAUUUUCUUCGCCGGAUGUUCCAACUGCAUGCGAAUUUCACUUCGUUGUAUCGAAUAUUAAUUGGGGAUCCGUUGAGCCAUCCAAAUUUGAACUAACAUAUGAGAACAACCCAUCAACUCAUAGAUAUACCAGAUAUGAGAUAGACGGAUAUCCUUCAAACGUCGUUGUGGGAUACAUUCUUUUAGCAAGGGAUAAAGGCAAAAACAUAUCCAUAGAGCAUACAGACAAAGUUGCUAAUAUUAUCUUGGAAUCAAUUAUGACAGUACCGAAAUUAUUUAACGGUGACAGGGCAACAAAGAUCAUUAAUGUCCUAUACGCAAAAGCAUUAAACAUUAAAUCAGCAAUCCCAAAUUGGUAUAACUAUUCUUACAGAUCAAGUAGUAGUCGGAUUUACGAUGAUAAAAUGUACGCUAAGAGGGCAGGAAAUACGGUAAACAUUAGAAGUUCAAUUCGAAGUUUAGGUUUGAAUUAUGGGCAAGCUGUGAGAAUGGAUGGGGAUAGAUCAUUGAUAAAAUCCAAAGCUUCUGAACCGUUCAUCAUGAUCCAUGCCAUCUCAAACGAAGACAGAGUAAUAAAAUAUUACGGCACACAAAUUGAGUCACAUCGAAACAACAAUGCAGAUCUCGUCAGUCAAUUGCAGAAUAACGUUACAAGAGGAAAUUACAAACUACAGUAUAAUUUGAUACAGUUCUCUUACGAAAAUCAACCAACUCCGGCAGAAUUUCAUUUCACCGUAUCAAACGUUGCCAAGUGGCGUUCGGUCGAACCAUCCUCGUUCAAACGCACGUACUUUCGCUUUCGUGGUCCAUACAGAGGCAGCAGGUUCCACAUCGAUGGUGGACCUUCCAACAUAAUUAUGGGAAAAAAUGGAAGUGUGACAACAACUCAAUCUGACGCUGUUGCAAGCAUUGUAUUGGACGCAAUUGUGUCCUUGGAUGAUCUGUUUAAUGAGUAUCCUGAAAAUUCCCUUCUAGUACCAAUUACUAUUGACAAAGGCAGCAAUGAUCAAAUCAUGAACAUGAUACCCCCGGUUUACAGAGCUCAUAUCGAACCCGGAUAUCUUCAGUUUCGGGCCUUCAAUUCAACCGGAUAUCCGAAUGCUUUCUGUCCAGGAGUAAAAGUCAAAUCGAUAUCACCUGAGUAUUUUUGCAUCGGGGGUUUAGCGAGCGACGCAACGAAAUAUGGAACAUGUGGUGACUUUGCAGGAUGGGGAGGAAAGUUAGAUGACGUCAUCGCCCAGUCGUCUGCCAACGGAUCUGCUCAUUCACGGAAGGAUAUUUCGUCUUCCAUUCUUAUAUUUUAUCGUUAGCAUGUCUCUAAAAUUUAGAGUUGUAUGCACAUGUAUUAAUUAUCAAUCCGCCUUUUCGUGUUGUAAUGUUGUUACAUUUGUGCUCCUUUUGUAUAUCCAAUUUUCAUGCUAUAACACAAAAAGAAAAUACAGUAUAAAUAUCUAUUAUCUUAUAGAACAGUGGUUCUCAACCUUUUGCUCGCAAUCCCCUU